GCUCCAUAGCGUUGAAAUUGUUUUAUUUUAUACUUGAAAUAUGAAAAUGAUAUAUUAAUAUUUGAUGUUCGAGCUCCGAGGUGAUUAGUAAACCAUGUUUUUGUGUGAUUUAAAUCAAUAUUUGUAGAUAUAAAGCGAUUCUGUUGUCGGGCGAUUUCAACAGAACACUGGCGGUUGUGAAAGCAGCGAAAUAACUACAAACAUGUUUGCAAAAAAGAUCAGAGUUUCAGGGGAUUAAGAAGUGGUUAAUUUUGUCAGUAGUCAAGAGCUUUAAAACGAAAGAAAAAACAGUGUUAUUAUGUGCGUGUCAUAUACAAUGGGGAUUUUGAUAGCUUGAUGAAAUAUUAUAUGUUUGUAAUUAAAAUAUAAAUUUAUUAUAAUAACUCGAGAUUGUUUGUAAGAGAGAUUUAUCGUGGGAUAAGUUUUACAUUUAUUUGUAUUUAACUCCAUCGGAAUAAAGAUACAUCAAUGCGCCGGAUGUAAUUUCGCGUGCCCAAGGAUGCACGAGAAUGUCCGUGAUAUUUGUCGGAAUGCCGCGCGGUAGGGGGACGGGUUUCGGUCGGACCUUGGGGCCGGGGGCUGGGGAUCAAGUUCAGAGACUAAGGCUUGAACCCAUGCCUGCCCAGGUUUCACGCAGGCGGAAGUUGAAGAGACUCCAGAUGAUAAAUACCAAUGAAACCAACUCGAGGAUUAUCGCUUUAUUGAAGGCUGCAGAAGACGGCCGGAAGCGAGCCUCCACACUUCCGCCCUUGGAAAGGGAGCCAACGUUCCAACGGAAACCCAAACACUUCAACCCAUAUGAGGGAACAUCCGAGGAGGCAGGGGACAGUCACUGGAACAAGAGCUACGAGAAAGUCAGCAUCGAGGUGAACAAUAAAGUCAAGACCCAUCUCAAGCGUCAGUUGCUGCAGCGGUUCGAGCGGCGACUGCGGCGGAUGGAGGAGGCUUUUGCGGGGGAGGACGGGGAGAGGCACGGGCGCGACUACCACCCCUGGGAGGGAAAGGCGAAACAGAAAAAGUCCGGAAAGAAAGACAUAUUUAGCAAGUAUUCCGAGACAGGAGAGAAUCGUGACGCUCAGCUACGGAAGAACGCGAAGGGCGACCAACCACUGCCUGAGAUCGUGACCAAGGGUGUCGAUGGGACCGGAAAUGGCAUGCAGAAAGGAUCGUCAAACGGAACGUGUGAUGACGCAAAUGGUCACGUUAGUGAUGACGAGAAAUCUGACGACAGCUUGACGUCGCCCCGUCACGAAGAAAAGUUCGAUGUAGUUGAAGUAAAAUCGAGGCUAAAAUGGGAAAACUUUCGCACAAUGGCUGUUAGUCCGGUGCAGACGCCGCAUGUGGCCCGCCCAAUGACUCGCGAGCAGACAAGAUUGGGCUUCUCGGAGCGCAUGUCCCGGAUACUGCGCGGCCACGUGCAUAUCACGUGUCCUCUAAAGAACAGAGCUGUGCGCGUGUACUUAUGUUCGGGAUUCACAGAAUCCGAGGCGGAGAGAACAGUUCUUACGGAGCGAGUGUUUCCGGAACUGCGAGAGUUCUGCGCGCUCCAUGGACGCGAGUUCCAGAUGGUUGACCCGUACUGGGGAUUGCGUACCGCCGACGCCGAAGAUCACAGCCUACCGGCGGUCUGCCUGGAGCAGCUGGAGCGGUGUUCCAAGGACCCCCUUCAGCCCGUACAUGCCGUUGUGAUAUUGACGGACAAGUACGGUACGCCAGUGCUUCCGAACUCUCUACAAGCAGACGACUUCGAGACGCUGUACAACCGUGUGUACCAGUCCACGAAAAGUCAGCGGUCAGCAAUCGCGCAACAGAUAGCCGCCAUUGAGGAGACAUUGCCAACAGGAAGUGACGGGGGCAACGAACAGCGCGUAAGUGUCACUAGCAUAGAGGGGCAAGCCAGUAAACCGGCUGAUACAAAAGAAACAAAGGGAGUCGCAAAAAUGGCAAGCGAUACGGCGGAAAAUACUGUAUCUCAGCUCCCGGAAGGUGUCAGACUGUCGCGGAAAGAAGCGGAGAAACGCGACCAGCAGCAAGUGAAAGCGCUAAAGGAUAAGCUCAGUCUUCUACCGGAACCGGAACUUCUACAAGAAUGGUAUCGCCGUGACGACAACUCACAGACGCCUGUUUAUCGUUUGCAGCCUAUCAGCUCGCUAAUCAAGGACUACGGUCGCGGGGACGCGGGCAGGAGGGAGCAGACGAGACAAGCGUGGGAGGAGGUGCGCAUCAAACUGAUCAACAUGAUCGACCUCUAUGGACACACGCACUAUCGGAAGUCGUUACUUGAGAUUGAGCUCGAUCACCUGUUUAACGACCCUGGUUUCCAUGGAGACCACUGUAUCGUUGUCAACAGAACGUUUGAUGACAUUGACGCCAAACUUGACGACUUUGGCGCAGACGACUUUACGGAUGUGACGUCAACAAAGCCGUUCCAGAUUAAUGUAGAAGCGCGAAAUCGCUUGAGAAAGCUUCGACAAGAAAUAAUUCCUUCCAAGGUGAAUGAUCAGCAAAUCUUUAAUUUCCCGACGGUUUGGGUGCCAGGUGGCGUACGUAUCGGCGGUGAGCGCUUUCACCAGAUGUACUUGGACCGCAUGUGCCGCCAGGUGUGUGACGUCAUGAAGCGGCGUCUGCUCGACAGCUUCCGAGAGGAGGGAGUAGACACUGUGGAAGAAAAUGAAUUGUUCGCAGAAGUUGCCGAGCAUGUGUUAUUCUUUCAAGACCGUUCACGGCGAUUUCAGGGCAUGAAGGAAACUCUGCAAGUAAUCAAAGGGUACACUCGCUCAAAUUGUCACGCGCCGCUGAUCGUGCACGGGAAACCCGGAUGUGGGAAGUCCGCAGUUCUUGCCAAGGCGGCGAAGGAGACUUUCAAGUGGCUGAAAGGGAAGUCAGCUUGCGUUUUGGUGCGCUCUGUAGGAGCAACUCAAGCUUCCCGUAAUAUUCGGCAUCUCCUGUAUGACAUAUGCCGUCAGCUGUGCGUCGCAUAUAACGUCAGUCACACCAGUGUGCCUACGGACUAUGUGAGCCUGGUCAACGAUCUGACCACCCGGCUGUCUCUGGCCAAAAGUGAGCGGCCACUGGUCAUCUACUUGGACGCCCUGGAUAGACUAAAAGAUGAUCACCACGGUCGAACGCUGUCAUGGUUACCCAAGGUGCUUCCCGAUCACGUUCACGUGAUAGUCUCUACUUUACCAGACGACAAUUUGGAAAUUCUGCCGAGCGCGAAGUCGUUACUAGGCGAUGAUACGGGCAUGUUCCUGGAGAUCCCGGACUUACAGGAAUCUGACAGCAUGGUUAUCAUGAACCACCUGUGCAAUAUCCAUAAUCACUCUCUGACUCAAUCACAAUUUGACAUACGUUUUAAUAUGCUCAAUAAAUGUCCUUCGCCUCUGUAUCUUACAUUAAUUUUCGAAGAUGCGCUAAAUUGGCGGUCUUAUACAGAAAUUAAUGAAUCGAAACUUCCAGACACUGUCAAAAAGUUUGCAGCAGUGAAAUUUGUUCAGAUGGAGGUAAAGUUUGGAGAAGCUUUCGUGCGGCGCGCUCUUGGUUAUGUCACAGCGGCUCGCAACGGACUCACAGACCACGAGAUGCUGGAUCUGCUGUCACUUGAUGACACCGUUAUGGCGGAAGUCGCUACCUCACAUCCGCUUGUUCGACGUCGCAUUCCUCCGUCAAUGUGGUUAAGACUUCGAAAAGAACUAAGUAUGUACCUGUGUGAGAUAAGCGCCGAUAACGUGCGGACUAUUCAGUGGGCGCAUUCGGAUUUCCACGAGGCGGCAGUGGAACGCUAUCUCAAGCAGCGAGACAAGGCGCCGUCAUAUCAUAAGGCAGUGGCGGAAUACUUCAGUGGAGUAUGGGUGGACAAACCUAAACCAUUUCCCGGAAGUGAAAAGGGCGUUUUGAGGCACGUGGCUCUCCAACCUUUGUGUUGGCAACCUAAGGACGCGAAGAAUGACGGUGCCGCUCGCGUUUACAAUCUCAGGAAGAUUAACGAACUUCCACAUCACUUGCUGCGAUCGCAACAGACUCAAUUGUAUAAAUCUGAAGCAAUGUGCAAUUUUGAAUGGGUGCUUGCGAAGUUGUGUGGAACGUCACUGCGCGGUCUCGUCGAGGAGUACCACAUUGGCCUUGAAGCUGACCCUUUGGACCAAGACCUGAAGCUUCUUUCUGAUACGCUCCAGCUCUCGGCUACCGCUGUGCUUCGCGACCCCCGCCAGCUGGCCGGCCAGUUAGUGGGACGCCUACAAGGGAUCGUAAAUCGCGAUGUUCCAGCGACCCCCGGCGAUCCUCCCAAGUACCCAUAUUUGCACGCACUGGUUGCUCAAGCCAAGAACACGUCCAUACCUGCUUUAGUUCCUUCAAUAUGCUGCCUCACCGAGCCAGGUGGAAUCUUGUACGAUCUACUCUGUGGUCACACCAAGCAGAUCACUGCCGUUACAACAACAACGGAUGCACAAAAGGCGCUGACGGCGGCAGAGGAUAACACCCUGAAAGUAUGGGAUCUAAAAUCAGGAAAAGUGUCUGCUACUAUACACGAAUUUGGUAAACAUGUAAGCAUACUAAGGACGGCACUGAAUAAUAAAUACGUUAUCGCUGUGGAGGCCAAUAUCAUCCGAAUAUGGUCUUUAAUGACAAAGGAACGUUGUCUCGUAAUUGAUCAGUACCUAGACCCGCCAGUUAUCAGCAUUGCGAGCGAAGGAAAACUUCUCGUGGCAUUUUUUGACGGCGUCGGAGCUUUAAGGACAUGGGACCUUGAGGAUAAUUUCAAACACGUAUCUGAGACAAAAAUUGAAGGCACUCGCGUAUACAGCGACAAUGCCGUUGUGCUAGCUCAGAACUCGUACGGCGAUUACGUCUUACAUGCCUUCAGGGGAAGCAACUCCGCUACGAUUCAGCACGCGCGGACCGGCAAGGUCAUCCAUAAGCUGCAAUGUCACGACAACUCCUCGAGCAUCGUGGCUCUGGCCAUCACCCGCGACUACAUGAUCCUGGCCUGCAGGCAGCAGUAUAUGAAGCUGCACGAGAUCCACCAGCUGGAGAUGUUCGACGCAAAGAAGGGCAAAUAUCUUCGGAGCAUACGUGGAUGCAUGCAGGACAGCUUCUCCGAGAUUCACAUCAACCUGGUCGGAUCGCACGCCAUUGCAGUGUGCGCGUCCGAGGCAAGCAAUACGUCCAAUAUCAUGAUAUGGAACUUGGAAACGGAGGACCAUAAACAUCUCGCAAAGCAUUCUGGUGUGUCCACUGUUAGCGCGUGCGCCGACUUCAGAUAUUGUCUUACAGCGCAAAAGGGAGAUAACACACUUAAAAUUUGGAACAUCAGCAAAUUUAUCAAUCUGCCGAUGCCAAAACUUAAAAAGUCGUUAGGUGUGGCAGAAAUCCACCCAAUGGUUGAUAAUCCAAGGUACGCUGUAGCACGCCAAGUUAACCACGGACCCAUCAGUAUUUGGAACGUUGCGAAGGCGAAGUGUCUUGCGAACGCCGUCCGCAUUGAACGCGGGCUUUCGGAGUCCUCGGACGUUGUCCUUAUACGGAACUGCAAUGUGGUCAUUCUCACUGAGAGGGGGUUGAAAGACUCUAAACCUGUGUUUAAGACCGUGCUGAUUUAUGACCUCCGGGCAAAGCGCUACACAAAGAAGCUUACCAGUUGUAACGUUGUACCGUCUCAAGCACACGAGUACUUCCUGCUGGAUGACGAGACGCUACUGGGCCCAGCGGAAACCAGAAACCAUCUGAUCACAUGGAGUCUAGUAACGGGUAAAGAACUGUAUCGAGUGCGGACUCAGUUUAGCGAUAUCGGCCUAAAGGGAAAUAUACGGGACGUCGAUUUGGAUCACUCGAUGCAAAUGCGAGCGAGCACAGCGAAGCUUACACCGUGGGACAGACGCACGGAGAGCAGCUCCGCGAAACGAAGACGGCGGGAAAAGGAACGCGAUGAGGAAAAGAGAAAUUUAGAGGAGAGACAGAAGGAAAAGCAAAACGGAAUAGAACAGUUCAUUGUGAGUGGCAAUCUUAACAUAGUUGUAGCAUCGUUCUUUGCACACCACCUAGUAGUAUUUAAUCUUAGCUCCAAGCUACACACACAGACGCUUGAGAAUGAGAACUCCAUGCUGUUCCUGCAUGUCGCUGCGCUCAACUUCGACGGUUGCUGUCUGGUACAUGCGAACUAUGACGAGGCGUCCAAGGUCAGCUACGUCUCUCUGUGGGACACCGAAUCCGGGCAGGUGAAAAAGCGCCUUAAGAAUGAAACAGACGUCCUUGCUAUUGCCAUUACCGACGAUGGCAACAGAGUGGUUUUUGGUAAAGCGAACAAGGAACUACGCAUUUGGGAUCCAAAUAGGAAAUCCUCGGACUCUAUGAAGAGUAUCAAAGGAUAUGACAGUCUAGAAUUCAAUGUGAACAGUAGAAUAUUUAUCCUGAACGAUGGUACGCGUGCGGUUGUUUUCGCGGGGGACAUUUCACUUUGGGACCUGGAGAACGCAACGCUUCUGGCCGCCUUCACGCCGGACACGCGCAUCGAGGUGGUCAGCGUCGCAAUGAGUGGUCAGCUGAUCACUAUGGGCGUGCACGAGUUCCCCGAGUUGAUCGUGCUCAAGAUGAGCGGAAGGGACGUGAAGCCGAUCGCAGACACCGAACACGAGGACCUGUUCGGCGAAACCACGGGCGACACGUCCGACGAGGAGGAGGAAGACGAAGGGGAAGCGUGACGUGAUAUUUAAUGGAACGUCGCUUUGGGAACAUUGGUUUAAAUGCAUGGGUGUAGUGUCAUCCCAGAUUAGUCUGUGAGUCCGCACAGGCUAAUCAGAGACAACACUUUACGCCUAGACUAAAUUUUCAAUUAGAAGAGACUUUCUUCAAACACACGAACAAUUCGAUAACAUAAAAUUUUAAUCAUUGAUUAGCCUGUGCGGACUUCACGGGCUAAUCUGGGAUGGCACUUAGUGUACUUAGCACAGUCAAGUUUCCCCAGAACGCGGAUAAAUUGAUUCCGUUCCGUCCUCGGAUCAAAACUGCGGAAAUCUGAAUCCACAUGUUAGGUAGCAUGAACUAUGACCGACCUCUCGAUAUAGCCAUGUGUGCAGUGAUCUUGUACUUUAAAUUCGGCAGACGUUGAUAAUUUAUCUACAUGUAUGUGGUUUAAGUCACAGUAAAUGCUAACAUGCACAAAACGGUACAUUGUAUUUUAUCAACAAGCAAUUUCAAUAUAUUGCAAUAUUUAGUGCAUUUUAAUAUAUUGUUUGUACACAGACAAAUAUUUAGUUGUUUGUAUGACUGAGUUUAUUAAGUUAACAGUUAGAUAGCUAUUUACUCUUCAUUCGUGUACUUCGUGGUGAUUAUAAUAGGAGUCACGUUCUGAGAAAACUGGGCUUAAUGCUUGUGCGUAAAGUGUCGUCUCAGAUUAGCCUGUGCAGUCCGCACAGGCUAAUCAGUGAUUACACUUUCCGCUUUUACAUUUAAAUGAAGGCUCUUCUUAGCAAAACUCCAAUUUUGGCGGAAAGUGUCGUCCCUGAUAAGCCUGUGACAACACUACGCACAUGCAUUAAGCCCAGUUUUCUCAGAACAAGACACAUAUUAUGAUCACUUGAACGACUCUGUGAUAUUGGCUGUCUUUCGCUUAUGCAAAAUUAGUGUAUUACUUGUUCAAAUGAUGAUUUUCGAAAAAGAAAUAUAUUUCUCGUUGUAAUUAUUAAGCAAAUAUGGUAGACCCAUAUAGUUGUCAAUUCUUUAUAAUAAAAUUGUUAUGUAUUGAUAUAUUUUAAAUCAGAUCGUAGUUAUUUGCAUCUUUCAUUCAGGUUUUACCCAUGAAUACACAUGUAUUUUGAACUAGAACUAUGCCGGAAGUUACCUUGUUUUACUAUUUGUGUGCUAUUCUUAUAUAUGUGUGUCGCGUUCUGAGAAAACUGGGCAUAAUGCCUAUGCGUAGUGACAUCCCAGAUUUGCCUGUGCAAGAUUUUCGGUAAGAAGGGACUUCCUUUAAACGAAAAAUACCAUAAGAGCGGAAAGUGUCGUCCCUGAUUAGCCUGUGCGGACUGCACAGGCUAAUCUGUGACAACACUUUACGCACAUGCAUUAUGCCUAGUUUUCUCAGAAUUUGACACAUAUAUAUGACAUGUUUUAACAUAUAUAUUUAACUGUAGCAGAAUAAUUGUAUGUUGCUCAAUGUAUAUUUUAUACAAACAUAUUUUUUGGUAAAACUGUUAAAGCAGAGACGUAACUUUAGGCUAAAAGAACUGUAGCAAAGCUGCCUCAUCAGGAGCAAAGGUUAAGCACAUAGUAAGUGUGAGAAGUGUUAAUAAAGUCUACAGUAUGCAACACGUGCUGCAUAAUAUUUGUUACAAGCAACGGUUAAUGCAGUGCACUAAAGUGUACUUUGGAGUACUAUUUAAAUUGAAUGUUCAAUUUGUAUUUGCCAGUCAUCAUUCAUGUCAUGUUUUUAAGUGUUUACAUGUCUUUACCACCAAAAUCACUUGAUAUUACUAUAAAUGCUUUUAACAGAACAAUCUUUUGGUGCUUUUUGAAUGAUGUAUUGCUCUUGUUUGUAUUUAAAUCUGCAUUUUUUUCCUUCUUUGCAUUAAAUAAUAUACCAUUAGUUUAUUAGUUUUGCUUUAACUAAUAAAAUGUAUUUUUACUAUGUUUUACUUGAUAAAUAUUAAUCGCAAACAAACUGAAUUGAAAGUCUUUAUAAUAGACAAAAUAGUAAAGUUCUUAUUUAGAGGUUGCAUUCCCUGUACCUCAACUGUUAGCUUUAAUACUGUAAGCUACAUUUAUCUUUCACUACUUCAAACAAAAAUCAAUUAUAGCCCACCAACAAUAUGAAGAUGCAUAAAUGGAAUAAAGUAUCACAAAAUAUAUCAAUAAACACUAAAUAUAAUUAUGUUGUUGUUGUUUUUUCCCAUUUUAUUUUGAUUUUUAGUUGUGAGCGUUAGAAAAAACAAUAUAUAUUUUAACUCGCCGCUGCGCCACUCGUGAAAAUAUCAUUUUCUAUGAUCACUCGUGAAUUAAAAUCCAUAUUCCACCAAAUCCUACAAAAAAUAGUUCUGAUAAAACAAUGAAAAUUAUCAAUAAUUUUCACUGUUAUUUUUCACUGUUUGAAACAGCGAAAUAUCAGUUUUAUUUCACAGAAUUCAAUGUGAACAGUAGAAUAUUUAUCCUGAACGAUGGUACGCGUGCGGUUGUUUUCGCGGGGGACAUUUCACUUUGGGACCUGGAGAACGCAACGCUUCUGGCCGCCUUCACGCCGGACACGCGCAUCGAGGUGGUCAGCGUCGCAAUGAGUGGUCAGCUGAUCACUAUGGGCGUGCACGAGUUCCCCGAGUUGAUCGUGCUCAAGAUGAGCGGAAGGGACGUGAAGCCGAUCGCAGACACCGAACACGAGGACCUGUUCGGCGAAACCACGGGCGACACGUCCGACGAGGAGGAGGAAGACGAAGGGGAAGCGUGACGUGAUAUUUAAUGGAACGUCGCUUUGGGAACAUUGGUUUAAAUGCAUGGGUGUAGUGUCAUCCCAGAUUAGUCUGUGAGUCCGCACAGGCUAAUCAGAGACAACACUUUACGCCUAGACUAAAUUUUCAAUUAGAAGAGACUUUCUUCAAACACACGAACAAUUCGAUAACAUAAAAUUUUAAUCAUUGAUUAGCCUGUGCGGACUUCACGGGCUAAUCUGGGAUGGCACUUAGUGUACUUAGCACAGUCAAGUUUCCCCAGAACGCGGAUAAAUUGAUUCCGUUCCGUCCUCGGAUCAAAACUGCGGAAAUCUGAAUCCACAUGUUAGGUAGCAUGAACUAUGACCGACCUCUCGAUAUAGCCAUGUGUGCAGUGAUCUUGUACUUUAAAUUCGGCAGACGUUGAUAAUUUAUCUACAUGUAUGUGGUUUAAGUCACAGUAAAUGCUAACAUGCACAAAACGGUACAUUGUAUUUUAUCAACAAGCAAUUUCAAUAUAUUGCAAUAUUUAGUGCAUUUUAAUAUAUUGUUUGUACACAGACAAAUAUUUAGUUGUUUGUAUGACUGAGUUUAUUAAGUUAACAGUUAGAUAGCUAUUUACUCUUCAUUCGUGUACUUCGUGGUGAUUAUAAUAGGAGUCACGUUCUGAGAAAACUGGGCUUAAUGCUUGUGCGUAAAGUGUCGUCUCAGAUUAGCCUGUGCAGUCCGCACAGGCUAAUCAGUGAUUACACUUUCCGCUUUUACAUUUAAAUGAAGGCUCUUCUUAGCAAAACUCCAAUUUUGGCGGAAAGUGUCGUCCCUGAUAAGCCUGUGACAACACUACGCACAUGCAUUAAGCCCAGUUUUCUCAGAACAAGACACAUAUUAUGAUCACUUGAACGACUCUGUGAUAUUGGCUGUCUUUCGCUUAUGCAAAAUUAGUGUAUUACUUGUUCAAAUGAUGAUUUUCGAAAAAGAAAUAUAUUUCUCGUUGUAAUUAUUAAGCAAAUAUGGUAGACCCAUAUAGUUGUCAAUUCUUUAUAAUAAAAUUGUUAUGUAUUGAUAUAUUUUAAAUCAGAUCGUAGUUAUUUGCAUCUUUCAUUCAGGUUUUACCCAUGAAUACACAUGUAUUUUGAACUAGAACUAUGCCGGAAGUUACCUUGUUUUACUAUUUGUGUGCUAUUCUUAUAUAUGUGUGUCGCGUUCUGAGAAAACUGGGCAUAAUGCCUAUGCGUAGUGACAUCCCAGAUUUGCCUGUGCAAGAUUUUCGGUAAGAAGGGACUUCCUUUAAACGAAAAAUACCAUAAGAGCGGAAAGUGUCGUCCCUGAUUAGCCUGUGCGGACUGCACAGGCUAAUCUGUGACAACACUUUACGCACAUGCAUUAUGCCUAGUUUUCUCAGAAUUUGACACAUAUAUAUGACAUGUUUUAACAUAUAUAUUUAACUGUAGCAGAAUAAUUGUAUGUUGCUCAAUGUAUAUUUUAUACAAACAUAUUUUUUGGUAAAACUGUUAAAGCAGAGACGUAACUUUAGGCUAAAAGAACUGUAGCAAAGCUGCCUCAUCAGGAGCAAAGGUUAAGCACAUAGUAAGUGUGAGAAGUGUUAAUAAAGUCUACAGUAUGCAACACGUGCUGCAUAAUAUUUGUUACAAGCAACGGUUAAUGCAGUGCACUAAAGUGUACUUUGAAGUACUAUUUAAAUUGAAUGUUCAAUUUGUAUUUGCCAGUCAUCAUUCAUGUCAUGUUUUUAAGUGUUUACAUGUCUUUACCACCAAAAUCACUUGAUAUUACUAUAAAUGCUUUUAACAGAACAAUCUUUUGGUGCUUUUUGAAUGAUGUAUUGCUCUUGUUUGUAUUUAAAUCUGCAUUUUUUUCCUUCUUUGCAUUAAAUAAUAUACCAUUAGUUUAUUAGUUUUGCUUUAACUAAUAAAAUGUAUUUUUACUAUGUUUUACUUGAUAAAUAUUAAUCGCAAACAAACUGAAUUGAAAGUCUUUAUAAUAGACAAAAUAGUAAAGUUCUUAUUUAGAGGUUGCAUUCCCUGUACCUCAACUGUUAGCUUUAAUACUGUAAGCUACAUUUAUCUUUCACUACUUCAAACAAAAAUCAAUUAUAGCCCACCAACAAUAUGAAGAUGCAUAAAUGGAAUAAAGUAUCACAAAAUAUAUCAAUAAACACUAAAUAUAA